AUGUCGCUUCACCACAACUAUAUCCAAAAUUACCAGCACCAGCAGCAGCAACAGCAACAGAGACCCCCGCACCAACUGCGCACAUCAAUUGCAUUCCUCAGCUCACAAACCAACGACACACCAGAUCACGAUACAACCGCAACUCCAACCACUCCUCUCACCCCUGCAUCUGCCUCUGCCCCCACCUCUGACUCUGCUCCCCCUGCUCCCGCCCUUUCUCUAACUUUUGAUCAGACAAAGGACCGGAACAAGAACAGGAAGCGCAAAACCAUCCGCGCUUGCAACCAUUGCCAGAAAUCCCACCUAACUUGUGACGAAAACCGACCUUGUACGCGAUGUAUUAAGCGCGGCCUGGCGUCCACUUGUAUUGAUGGAGUGCGGAAGAAGGCAAAGUAUCUGCUUGAUAUUAAGGAGGAACCUGAGGAGAAUGCUGGAGGAGAGCAUGGGGAGGAAACCGAAGAGCCCGGAGGGGUGGUGGUUACUGCAGGGCCGAAGCCCUUUGAGUCUGAAGCUAUCAACCUUGAGUAUGCGUUUCUCUCGAGUAUGCUGUCGUACCCGAUGCUUGCAAAUCCUUCGGGAUUGAGCACAUCUACUGAAAAUGCGGGCCGGCCGCCAACAACAGGCCCAGCAGUCUAUGGCCUCAACCCGGUUUAUCCGCAGAGCCCUGCCGAAGUGUACUCCUCUGUGACUGAGCCAUACAAGUACUACAACGGCUUCCACUACUUCUUCCGGCAUAUCUGCGGCCGCAUGGAUAAGAAAAACAUCAUCCGGGUCAGUCGCGCCAUUGCCCACUUCCGGCCUUCCCUUGUAGCCCUGCUGCGCAAUCUGACCCAUGACGACCUGAUAUUCAUGGAAAAGUCGUUCCAGCGCGCGCUGAUGGAGUACGAGAAACUAAUUGGCUUUAUUGGAACCCCGACCGUGGUUUGGCGGCGAUCAGGCGAGAUUGCCCUUGUUGGCAAGGAAUUCUCCAUAUUGACGCAGUGGGACCGCCAGCAGUUGGUCUCGGGAAACAAAUUUAUUUUUGAGUUGAUGGAUACCACGUCGGCGGUAGUUUAUUGGGAGCAGUUUGCUGUGCAUGCUUUUGAAAACUCCGAGCACGCUGUUAUGUCGGAGUGCCGGUUGGUCAGGCCUGAUGGGGUUGCGGUGCCAUGUGCUUUUUCUUUCACUAUUAAACGCGACUUGUUUGGAAUCCCAAUGGCUAUUAUUGGCAACUUUUUGCCUAUUUUGUAGAAUAAAUAGUUUUUUUCCGGCUUAUUCUUCUGCUCUUUAUUUUUUGUUUACACUUUAUUUUUAAGCUCAUUCUUAUGAACAAAACA